CUCACCAGUUCAGAAAUAUUGUAAACAAGAUUGUAAAAAAUCUUCAACUAAUGUGCAUUUUCGUGUUUAUUACGUACCAUUCGAAAUGGCCGAGGAUACUCUAAACAAGAACAACAAAGCUGGUCCAGACACCAACUACGAAGCUUCCUUGUUCCGCAGUUCGUAUCCAGCCAGCACAAUAAAAAACAUUGCAGCAAGACGCCUUGAGGCUUUCCGAGCCGAGCUGCAACGAGAAAUAUCUAAUUCAACAGAAGCGGAACCCAGUACCUCAAACGGUGCGCAAGCAAUGGAGAUCGAUGAGGAACCGUACGGAGCUCAGUCGGAUGAGGUAAUGGACUGGGAUAGUACAAGUAUCGGGCGCUCGAUUUGGCCACAGCAUGCUUUAGUGGACCGGAUGGCCAAUUCUCAUGCCAUACCCCACGAUGUCGGGAGUAGAGUGGCCGCAUAUAACAUGCCACUUAAAACAGAUUACUGUAAACGACCACACAGCGGCCCUAACCCUCGUUAUUUCGUGGUUGACACAUGUGUCUAUCUAAGCAACCUAGAAGUAGUUAAGCGCCUAUUUUACUAUUGCACAGCCAAUAACGCCAUCCUUGUUGUGCCUUAUCAGGUGUUGGUGGAGUUAGAUGACCUUAAAAUCAGCAAACCACAACUGCGCACGGAAGUCCAAGCUGCCUUUCGGUUUUUGAGCGACCAAAGAAAGAAAAGAACACAGCAUGUAGUUUACCAGCAUCCAAUAGACGAUCUCGUGGUCUUCACGCGAGGAUCGACACAUGAUGAUUCGCUUGUAAAUUGCGGUUUACAGGUGCAAAAUAAUGUAAAUAGCAAUUGUUCUAUAACUUUAGUUUCCAAUGACAGUAGUUUAGGUUUAAAGGCGGAAGCAGCUCAAUUUAAAUUUUUCACAGAAGAGAAUCUACUUUCAUAUCUGUCGUUAACUUCGUGCUUAUAACAUUAUAAAUAUGAGUUCAAUAACUCUUAAUUGAUUUAUUUGUUUUCGUAGUUCGGUGUUGGCUGCUACAUUGAAAUGGUUUAUAAAACGACGGAGUGUUAAAUACCAUAGGAAGGCUUUUUUUAAAUCCAAAAGUUUCUUUCGUGUCGCAACAAUUAAAAAAAUACUAACAUUCCGUCGAUAAAAAAAAAACGAAAUGAAUUAUUGGUAUAACAAACCGAACCAUUCUAACAUCAUAUUAAUGUUAUGCGUUUUUUUUUACAUUCGGUUGAAUGAAUGAACUGUAACGUUCUUGUUGUGAUGUGUUAAUCUUUAGGGAAACAACACUUGUAGCCGGUUGAAAUAUACCGGAUCAACUUAACAAUCACCAUUAAAUGAGUUCUUUGUGCCAACAGUUUUAAUCGUUCCUAUACUUCCUAAUAUUUUUGAUUAUACGAAUUUUACGCUCAGGAAUGCAAGGGUAGAGUAGGUUAACUGGCCAAGAAGGCAUUGUUAGCUCGUAUGCCUUCAUUUACAUCACCCUAAAGCGCCGGGGGACAAUUGAGGAGUCGAUAUAAUGACGAGCUCUACGAGCUGUACGGAGACCUCACUGUCGUACAGCGAAUUAGACUCGCCAGGCUCCGGUGGGCUGGUCAUGUCAUGUCAGCCCGUAAAGUCCCUUUAGGCGGUCCCCAAGGACAGAGGAGGCGUGGUUUGGUCUAAAUUGAGGUGGAAGGAUGGCAUAGACGAAGCCGCCAAUAAAGCCAGGAUACGGAAUUGGACCAGCGUGGCGAGCGACCGUGAGCGGUUUCGGAUGGAGCUUCGUCAGGCCAAGACCGCUCAGCGGUUGUAACGCCACAUAAGUAAGUAAAGGGCCGGGGCAAAUAAAAUAACUCACAAUGUGAUAUUAUUGAAUUAAAAAACUAAGCAAGACAUACAGAAAUCAAUAAAGAUAUGUUAGUGCCACAUGAGCCUACUAUCAUUGUCAUUAGAAUCUAACUGAAGACCAAUAAUGGUAAUGAAUUAAAGUAAGAGACACGAAAUACAUGAGAAGUAUAAACAGAAAGGGAUAAUAAUCAAAAUUAAUCUCAUAAUUAAAAUAAUUA